AUGAAAAUAUCAGGCUAUACUUUUAUUGUCACUGGAGGUGCUAGUGGUUUAGGAGAAUCAGUUGUACGCUCGCUUAUUGAACAGGGUGCUUUUGUCGCUAUUUUUGAUAUCAAUGUUAAACUUGCAACUGCUUUGGUUGAAGAGCUUGGGAAGAACAAGUGUUAUUUUCCUUCAUCUGUUGAUGUUACUGUAGAGGAUCAAGUAAAUAUCGCUGUCCAAAAAACACUUCAAUAUUUUUCGACCAGUACUUUAAGAGGAGCUAUUCUUUCUAGUGGCAUUGUUUUCUCUCCCAUGGAUGGUUAUGGUCCUGAUAAGACUCUUACUAGUUACAGUCAAUUUGAACAUAUUAUUCGUGUCAAUUUAUUAGGUACUUACUGUGUUGCUCAAAAAGUAGCCCAAGAGCUCUUGAGAAAUGAACCUGUAAACGAUGAUGGUGAAAGAGGUGUUAUCAUUACCGUCUCGUCUAUCCUGGGUCUGGACGGUACACUUGUUGGCUAUGGCACAUCAAAAGCUGGUAUUGCUGGUCUGACCUUGCCUCUCGCAAAAGAGUUGGCUCCCCAAGGAAUUCGUGUUAUGAGUAUUGCUCCGGGACCGUUUGAUACGCCCAUUGUACAAAGACAGAACAAUACCGCGCCAACCUGUUUGUUUCCUUCAAGGUACGGUCAACCUCAAGAAUUUUCGGAUCUGGUAGUUCAGGUGAUUGGUAUGAGAAUGUUGAAUGGCUCUGUUAUUAGAUUAGACGGUGCUUUGAAGGCAUAA